AUGGCUGCUUCGAGAACCACACAUCAUUCUGCUGUGUUGCACAUUCUUCGUUAUGUGAAAGAAACUCUAUUGCAUGAUUUACACUUCUCGGCCCAUUCUUCCUUGAUGCUUAGCGGUUAUUCUGAUGCAGAUUGGACUGGAGAUCCUACUGAUCGUCGUUCUAUUACUGGGUACUACUUCUUUCUAGGGGAUUCACUCGUCUCUUGGCGCAAACUAAGUGACGGACUACUCGAAACAAACUCUCCCUCGUUUUCUCCGCACCCAAACACCCUCCUCUUUCUCCACGAUUCCCCAGCAACCUCCACUCCACCACCACAACCGCCGCCGGCGUCAAUGGCUGCUUCCCUUUCCUUCUCCUCCUCCGUCUCCUCCUCCUCCACCCCCCUCCUCCGCCCACCCUCCCUCCUGCUUGGCCGCCGCCGUGCCCCCCGCCUCCUCACUGUCCGCGCAAAGAUCCGCGAGAUCUUCAUGCCUGCCCUCAGCUCCACCAUGACCGAGGGCAAGAUCGUCAGCUGGGUUAAAUCCGAGGGUGACGUUCUCUCGAAGGGCGAACCCGUUGUCGUCGUUGAGUCCGACAAGGCCGACAUGGACGUCGAGACCUUCUACGAUGGGAUACUGGCCGCCAUUGUCGUCAACGAGGGAGAGACUGCCCCCGUAGGCGCGCCGAUUGGCCUUCUGGCCGAGACGGAGGACGACAUCGCCGAGGCUAAGGCUAAAGCCGCGGCCCAAUUAACGUCAGCACCUCCGCCGGCCAAGACCGAGGCGUCUGCUCCAGUCGCAGCGAAGGCCGAAUCUCCAUCUCCGGCGAAUGCUCCAGCUUCAGCUUCGGCAACUCCGGGGAAGGUUGUGGCGACGCCGUACGCGAAGAAAUUGGCCAAGCAGCAUAAGGUGGACAUCAACAAAUUGGCCGGCACAGGGCCGUUCGGGAGGAUUACGCCGGAAGAUGUGGAGAAGGCGGCUGGAAUCACUCCAAAGAGGAAUGUUACAGCGUCCGCUGGUCCACCUACACCUGCGCCAGCGCCAUCCCCACCAAAGGUUGCGACUAGUUUUCCCGAGAUCCCAGGGUCAAAAAUAGUGCCGUUCACCGCAAUGCAGGCUGCUGUGUCGAGGAACAUGGUGGAGAGCCUGAGCGUGCCGACUUUCAGAGUCGGUUACCCCAUUGCCACAGACGCCCUUGAUGCUCUUUACGAGAAGGUUAAGCUGAAGGGUGUUACUAUGACUGCACUGUUAGCAAAAGCUGCAGCAAUGGCAUUGGUACAACAUCCAGUGGUGAACGCAACGUGUAAAGAUGGAAAGAGUUUUACUUACAACAACAGUGUUAAUAUUGCUGUGGCUGUGGCGAUUAACGAUGGGUUGAUCACGCCUGUUCUUCAAGAUGCUGAUAAGUUGGAUCUCUAUCUGUUGUCGAAAAAAUGGAAAGAGCUGGUCGAGAAGGCUCGGGCUAAGCAACUUCAGCCCCAUGAGUUCAAUUCAGGGACUUUCACAUUAUCAAAUCUGGGCAUGUUUGGAGUGGAUAGGUUUGAUGCUAUCCUACCUCCAGGACAGGGUGCUAUUAUGGCUGUGGGAGCAUCAAAGCCUACAGUUAUAGCCGGUAAAGAUGGAUUCUUCAGUGUUAAAAAUCAAAUGCUGGUGAAUGUUACGGCUGAUCACCGAAUCAUCUAUGGGGCUGACUUGGCUGGUUUCCUUCAGACAUUCUCAAAGAUCAUUGAGAACCCAGAAAGCUUGACGAUGUAG